UGAGGUGAAAUGAUGCGAUGAAGAAGGCAUUGCAGCACAAGAAGACGGAGCAUUCGUUCUGGGGAGCAUAAAUAGUUCCUGGAUUACCCUUCCAGAUGCCAUUCUCCUCCACCAUCAUCAUCAGCCAGCUCCAAAGCAGUUCCUCUCAGCUCCAAAGCAGACACCUUCAGCUUCAGUAAUAUUUUCCCAGACACUCACUUCGAGUUUCUCACCCACCAUCGAAAUGAAGUUCACCGCUGCUAUCGCUGCUAGCAUCCUCGCUGGUACUGUUACUGCGAUCCCUGGCCGCGGAGUCGAAGCCCGCGUCAAGGCUCGCUCUGCCACUCGGGGCUCUCGUCCUCUGGAGGCCGUCAACCGCCCGGCCACCGUCAAGAACCAGACCAACGUGGAGUACAGCUCCAACUGGUCCGGUGCGGUGCUGGAGAGCCCUCCCUCGGCUUCUGCGACCUACACCGCGGUGACCGGGACCUUCACCGUCCCCGAGCCCACCGGCACCGGUAACGGCGCUGCCUCUGCCUGGGUGGGCAUUGACGGCGACACCUACGGGAACGCCAUCCUCCAGACCGGUAUCGACUUCACGCUGGAGAACGGCCAGGCCUCCUAUGACGCUUGGUAUGAGUGGUACCCCGAUUACGCCUACGACUUCAGUGGCAGUCUGGACAUUUCAGCCGGCGAUGAGAUUGUGGCCAUUGUCGAGUCCUACUCCUCCACCAGGGGUAUCGCCACUAUUGAGAACAAGAGUACCGGCAAGUCUGUGUCCAAGACACUGUCAGCCCCGGACUCCAGCGCCAAGCUGGGUGGGCAGAACGCGGAAUGGAUUGUUGAGGGUGAGUGGACUGGUGAUGUGAGCAUUGCUGAUCUCUAUACUAAUGUUGCGCGUAGACUUCGAGGAGAAUGGCUCUUUGGUCAACUUAGUCGACUUUGGCACUGUGACCUUCACCGGGGCGGUUGCCGAGGUUGCUGGCGGCGAGAGCGUUGGCCUCGACGAGGCCACCAUCAUCGAGAUCGAGCAGUCCGGCAAGGUGGUGACUGAUGUCACCAUCAACAGCGACUCCUCUGUCACCAUCACCUACGUCUAAGUCAUCGAGUAACUUGGUGACACAAAGCACAUGGGAGCAGGUGGUCCUGCUGGUGUGAGGACGAUUUGUGGAGGCGAUGGGCAGCGGGUUCUGCUGGCUUGGAGACGAUUGGACUAAGAAAGGCAUUGUGUGACACCUUGGAUCUGGCCAUGACGGCUUGGCUGUCGUGGGAUGUAUCCUUUUUGAUAAGAAUGAGACACAAAGAGCUU